GUCAGGAGGACGGAGCAGGACCCGGGGCCCCAUCACAGAGCCUCCACCUCACUCACCGAUACAUGAGAAGAAGAUCCUAGAACUCACCCACAGGAUCACUGAGCUGCUGACUGGAGAGGUUCCUAUAAGGUGUCAGGAUGUGGCGGUCUAUUUCUCCAUGGAGGAGUGGGAGUAUGUAGAAGGACACAAGGAUCUGUACCAGGACAUAGUCAUGAUGGAGGAUCACCGGCCCCUCACAUCACAAGAAAAUCCCAGUAAGAAUUCUGAGGGAAACUUCAUGUUAUCCCUGAAUGAUAAAGGAGAAGAUGAAGAUAUGAUGGAGCGCUCCUCAGGAGAAGACCUCCUUACCCCUAAUGUCCAUCCAGAUCUAUCCUAUAAUAAUCUACCUGAUCAUGAGGAACCUUCUCCUGACCAACCACACAUUGUUACCACAAGGACAGAGCAGGAACAUGGGAAAGGUUUAUAUUGUGAGGAAUGUGGGAAACAAUUUACAAGAGAAUCAGAUCUUUUCAAUCACAAGAGAUUUCACACAGAAGAGAAGCCAUAUUCAUGCUCUGAAUGUGGGAAAAUUUUUAUAUAUAAAUCACAUCUUGUUGCACAUGAGAAAAGUCACACAGGAGAGAAGCCAUAUUCAUGUUCAGAAUGUGGGAAAUGUUUUAUAAGAAAAUCGCAUCUUGUUAGACAUGAGAGAAAUCACACAGGAGAGAAGCCAUAUUCAUGUACAGAAUGUGGAAAAUGUUUUCAAGAUCAAUCGGCUCUAACAACACAUGAGAGAAGUCACACAGGAGAGAAGCCGUAUUCAUGUUCAGAAUGUGGAAAAUGCUUUAUAAAUAAAUCAGAGCUUGUUAGACAUCAGAGAAGUCACAGCGAAGAGAAGCAAUAUUCAUGCUCAGAAUGUGGAAAAUGCUUUAAAAAUAUAUCAGAUCUUGUAAGACAUGAGAAAAGUCACAGUGGAGAGAAGCCCUACUUAUGCUUAGAAUGUGGAAAAUGUUUUACUCUCAAAUCAUGUCUUGUUGCACAUGAGAGGAUUCACACAGGAGAGAAGCCAUAUUCGUGCUCAGAAUGUGGGAAAUGUUUUACACUUAAAUCACAUCUUGUUACCCAUGAGAGAAUUCACACUGGAGAGAAGCCGUAUUCAUGUUCAGAAUGUGGGAAAUGUUUUAGAGAUAUAUCCUCUCGUAUAAGACAUGAACGAAUUCACACAGGAGAGAAACCGUAUUCAUGUUCAGAGUGUGGGAAAUGUUUUACACAAAAAUCAGAUCUUGUUAAACAUGUGAAAAUUCACACGAGAGAAGUUUCAUCAGUCAAAACAGAUGUUUAAGUAUAAAGGAUUCUAAGGGACAAUACAUUUUAAGAAAAACUAAAUAAUAGUCCAAUGAACUUAAAGGGG